AACGAGAUUCCCGCCGUCUCCGCCGAAUUACUCAAGUGUCCGAUUUCCGUUUUCCAACAAGUUCUCAGCUGUGAGUCAACCCCGCCCCGUUCACCCACUUAAUGGAGUUUCCCGUCACUUUACAAACGUCCGUGUGAAGACCUCUCAUGGCUGAGUGCGGCAGCAGCGGUUCGCUCAACCCCGCAAAGAGGAAACAAGCGGCGCGGAGGAAGAGCCGACAGAGUCGACACAAGACCACCGGAAGCCGGGUGCGCCUCGAGAAAGUGCUUGGGAUCAGCACAGUCAGCAGCAGUGGACUGACCUCAGACCCCAACUCUGGGCUCGUUGCAUACCCUGCAGGGUGCGUGGUCGUGUUGCUCCACCCGCAGACCAACAAGCAACGACACAUCAUCAACACGUCCAGAAAGCCCUUCAGUGCGCUGGCCUUCUCUCAUGAUGGCAAACACCUGGUCACUGGCGAGAGCGGUCACAUGCCCUGUGUGCGCGUUUGGGAGGUGGGCGGCGGUCAAGUGGCUGAAGUUCAGAAUCAUAAAUAUGGAGUUUCCUGCGUGGCCUUUUCCACCAGCAGCAGUUACAUCGUCUCCGUGGGAUUCCAGCAUGACAUGAAUGUGUGUGUUUGGGACUGGCGGAAGGGGUCAAUCAUUGCCUCUAAUAAAGUGUCCAGCAGAGUGUCGGCCAUCUCUUUCUCUCAGGACAACAGCUACUUUGUCACCGCCGGCCACCGACACGUCAAGUUUUGGUACUUGAACGCCUCCAAGGAGCGACAGGUCAACAGCACAGUGCCUCUGAUUGGUCGGUCAGGGUUGCUUGGCGACCAUAACAAGUGUGUGUUCAGUGGCGCGGCCUGCGGGCGUGGCCGCUUGGCGUCCAACACCUACUGCAUCACCAGCUCCGCCUUGCUGUGUCUUUUCAACGCCAGACGAGAGCUUGAAUCCUGGAUCGAGCUGAAGACGACGUCGGCGAGCUGUCUGGUGCUGACCGAGGACUUGAUCUUCUGUGGUUGCUCAGGCGGAGUUAUCCGAGUGUUCUCGCCCUCUAACCUGCACUACAUCACCACCCUCCCACGACCUCACCGCCUGGGGGUGGAGCUUAUGCAGCCCAGCCCUUCAGGCGCCAGACCCGAAGCCCAAUAUCCUAACACCGUGGCGCUUACCUUUGACCCUGUGGCCAAACACUUGAGCUGCGUGUACAACGACCACAGUGUUUACGUUUGGGAUGUCGCAGACGUGAGGAACGUGAAGAAGCUGUACUCUGCUCUCUACCACAGCAGCUGCGUGUGGGACCUCCAGGUGUAUCCUCAGCUGUCAGAUCCGUCUCAGGCUUGUCUGCCUCCUUCAUCCUUCCUCACCUGCUCGUCCGACAACACCAUCAGGCUCUGGCACGCUGACUCCGCCCCCCAGCACAGCUGCCUCUACAGCAAAGACCUGCUAAGAAUUUUAUACGUGGGAGAGGACACGCAGCACCUACAAGGGGAGGGGGACAAGUCCGAGGCAGCAGGGGCUGAUGGGAAGGCUGGGAUUAGAGUGCUGGGGAUCAGCCCCGAUGGACGACACCUGGCGACUGGAGACCGCUGUGGAAACCUGCGGGUCUUUGAUUUGGAGUUUCUGGACGAGCUGGUCAAGAUUGAGGCGCACGAUUCCGAGGUCUUGUCCCUAGAGUUCUCACCCGCCUCCACAGGCGUCAAGUUGUUAGCGACAGCCAGCAGAGACAGACUCAUUCACGUCUUUAACGUGGAGAAGAACUACAGCCUGGUGCAGACGCUCAACGAUCACUCCGCCUCCAUCAUCGCUCUCAAGUUUGCUGGUGAGAAUCCGGAGGUGCGAAUGGUGAGCUGUGGAGCAGACAAGAGCAUCUACUUCCAGACAGCUCAACGGGUGGCAGAGGAGGACGUCUCCUUCUGCAGGGCGCAUCACGUGGUGGAAAAGGUAGCACUGCAUGACAUGGAUUUGGACUCGUCAAGGACACACGUUGCUGUUGCCUGUCAGGACAGAAACGUCCGGGUGUACAAUGUGCAGACGGGAAAGCAAAAUAAAUGUUUUAAGGGCUCCACAAGCGACGAAGGAGCUUUGCUAAAGCUCCACUUGGAUCCUUCAGGCUCAUUCCUCGCCACCAGCAGCUCCGACAAAAACAUCUCCAUCUUGGACUACAAGUCAGGCGAGUGUGUAGCCACCCUGUUUGGGCAUUCUGAGAUUGUGACGUGUAUGAAGUUCAGUCAGGACUGCAGACACCUCAUCACCGUAGCCAGGGACAGUUGUGUGUUCGUGUGGCGGCUGGACUCCCACAUGACCAGCACCAUGAGGAGCCAGCGCGGCCCCAUGGUGACCAAGGUCCCCAGCAUCAGGAGGGAAACCUUUGUCACCGCACCGUCCUCUCUGCUGCCCCUUGUGGAGGAAGUGGGGGCGGAGCCCCAAACACCAGCCAAGCGCAGUCCCGAAAGACCUCAGCCGCUGCAGUCCAAUGGCAAGCUGCCCUUGUGGUUCCGAAAACUGCAGGGUCUGCCUGACAGCCACCUCCAGGUCCAGCCACAUCCAGAGCCUCGUCCGGUGCGUAAUCGCUGGCUGGAAGGGAUGAACGCGCCGAUCAUCUGCUUGAACUUCGCUCCCAGUCCCAGCAAGAGUCCGGAGGAAGAGGAAGAAGAGGAGGAGAGUACCGUUGACGACGAGAGCUGCUUCAUUUCUUACCCAAACAUGUCCUCCACCACUGACGGGGAGUUUGAUGUCCAGCCUGCGUGCCUGUCGAAGAGCAGAGAAGAAGGGGCGGAGCCAGGUGGGAACAGUCAGCUGAGCCCGGACUCCGCCUGCUUCGAAGGCUCCACUGGAAGCUUUGAGCCGCAGCACGACACGGCCAACUUUGAGAUGUGUCGGUCUCCAACAGCAGACGUGGAUUCUGUGAGUCAGGCCAGCUCAGGUCUGGAAGAGGACGAGGACAGAAGUUCUACUCUGACCGAAGAGAAGUUUGACAAUGAUCUGCGCGCCUUGCAGCAUGCCGAGGAAAGACACUUUUUGAACCCACGACUCAGCAUCUCCACCCGCUUCCUGUCCCGCUUCCAGGACCGUCUCAGGCUGGGGCCAAGCCACGCUGCACCCACCGUCACCAUUCCGAGCAGGAUCUCGGAGGAGGUUGGCGACCCAAGGGUGAACGGCAAGUCGGUCGGCGCCACGGCGACAUCUGAACUGACAUUGAAAAAAGAACACAGUGCAGUGACAUCUGAAAGAUUCAUCAUCCGACGGAGACCCUCUUUCAAGAUGACUCGUCCGCUUUGCCAUCAGCCACCACGCCGACGUCACACUGUGGUGGCCUUCCAAUCCAACGUCUCCUCCACGGCACCGGCCCCUGUCCAGCAGGGGGCUCCACCCCUCGGGUAUCUGGGAACCACGGCCAGCCAGGACCCGCCCACCUGCCCCGCUCAAGAGGUGGACAUGGAGCAGCUCCUGAGUUGUUUCCUUCAGACCCUCAGACAUGAGCCACAUGUGGAGCACAGCCGCAGUGAGACCUUGCCCUCGUCCCAGACGCCUCAGCAGACAGCCUCUGAGGUGCCGAUGUCACCAGUUGGACCUGGGAGGGACAACAUGGACGACGGUCAUGUCCUCGGUUCUCGUUCGUGCGACAUCACAACCCCCAAAGAGUCCUCAGAUGAGGACACACAGGAGGACGUUCCUGGAGAAGGUGCGGCGAAUGGUGUGGAGCCUCUCAGCGUUUUGCAGUGUCGGCAGGCCGCAGACGAGCUAAUGGAGAAGAUGAAGCGAGUCGUCGACAUGUUAAGUCACCUUGCUGCGGCGACGUGCGGCGGCGAGCAGAUGGAGGCCAUCUUGUGGGACGCGUUUGAUGUGGUUGAUUUGGAGCUGACGGCGGCGAGGCAAGCGAGGCAGCGGCGCCCUCUCUGGCAGUCUGGAAGAUAACGGAACCAAAUUUGUUUUAAAUGUCUUAUGUUUUAUUAAAAUAAAGAUUUCCAAAAAGGAGGCUUGAA